GACACCUGGGUUACUAAUCCGUGUUAAUCUUUCUUUGUGUCUUUGUUUCUCAGAGGGAAGAUGAUUCCUGCGGAGUUUGAGAAGCAAGUACAGAGAGCCAAAGAUGAGGGAGCGUUGCCCUUCAUGGUGAACGCCACAGCAGGGACCACCGUACUAGGGGCCUUCGACCCGCUGGAGGAGAUAGCUGACAUCUGUGAACGACACAAUCUAUGGAUGCAUGUAGAUGCAUGUUGGGGAGGAGGAGCCCUGAUGUCUAAGAAACACAGAUACCUGCUGCAGGGCAUUCACAGAGCCGACUCAGUAGCAUGGAAUCCUCACAAGAUGCUGAUGGCUGGUCUACAGUGCUGUGCAUUCAUGGUUCGGGACAAAACGAAUCUUCUCCAGCGGUGUCACUCUGCCCAGGCCUCCUACCUCUUCCAGCAGGAUAAGUUCUAUGACGUCAGCUAUGACACGGGAGACAAGUCCAUUCAGUGCAGCCGCAAGCCCGACGCCUUCAAGUUCUGGCUGAUGUGGAAAGCCAUCGGCACCAAGGGUCUGGAAGAGAGAGUGGACAGAGCCCUCGCUAUGGCCAGAUAUCUGGCAGAGGAGAUCAAGAAGAGAGAUGGAUUCCGUCUUGUGAUGGAGCCGGAGUACACCAACGUCUGUUUCUGGUACAUUCCUCCCAGUCUGAGGGACAUGGCUGACGGACCCGAGUUCUGGAAAAAUGUCCAUGCGGUGGCGCCAGUGGUUAAGGAGCGCAUGAUGAAGAAGGGCUCUAUGAUGGUAGGCUACCAGCCCCAUGGAGACAAGGCUAACUUCUUCAGACAGAUCAUCAUUAGCCCUCAGGUCAGCAGAGAAGACAUGGACUUUCUGCUGGACCAAAUACACAGCCUGGGGAUGGACUUAUGAUCCCACGGGGAAUACCUACAAAAUGGCACCCUAUUCCCUCAAUGAGCCCUGGUCAAAAGUAGUGCACGAUACAGGGAAUUUGGGUACCAUUUUGAACAAAACCCAAAUGGUCAUGUUCAGUAGGCACGAAACAGGAGAUCCUGUUUUGAAACUGAGUGAAACGGAAGAGGUGGUACCCCAAACAUUCUAUAAGAAGUUUCCAAACAUCCUAUAAGAAGUUUCCAAAACAUCCCAUAAGAAGUUUCCAAAACAUCCCAUAAGAAGUUUCCAAAACGUCCUAUAAGAAGUUUCCAAAACGUCCUAUAAGAAGUUUCCAAAACGUCCUAUAAGAAGUUUCCAAAACAUCCUAUAAGAAGUUUCCAAAACAUCCUAUAAGAAGUUUCCAAAACAUCCUAUAAGAAGUUUCCAAAACAUCCUAUAAGAAGUUUCCAAAACAUCCUAUAAGAAGUUUCCAAACAUCCUAUAAGAAGUUUCCAAAACAUCCUAUAAGAAGUUUCUAAAACAUCCUAUAAGAAGUUUCCAAAACAUCCUAUAAGAAGUUUCCAAAACAUCCUAUAAGAAGUUUCCAAAACAUCCUAUAAGAAGUUUCCAAAACAUCCUAUAAGAAGUUUCCAAAACGUCCUAUAAGAAGUUUCCAAAACAUCCUGUAAGAAGUUUCCAAAACAUCCUAUAAGAAGUUUCCAAAACAUCCUAUAAGAAGUUUCCAAAACGUCCUAUAAGAAGUGUGUUAACUUGUUCUCUUAUUUGGUGCCCCAGGGCUGUGCAGAAGCCUCAGCAUGUCAUCCUUCCAUUGCCCGUCUCCAUAAAGUGCUCAAACGAGUACCUGUUUCUGCUAUUCAUGAUCGAUUCCAUUUGUAAUUCUGAGGACAGGCAGUGUGUCCGUCCAUGAGACUGUAGACACAGUAGCUUGUUGACGGUUUUUGAGGGCUCAACCUCUUCAUAGGAACCAAUUUCAGAUAAAUAAAAAAACUCAAAAGUCAUUAUCCUUUAUGUCAAUGUGAUUUUUUUUUUUUAAAGUAAUAUAAUAAAUACUGGUAUAAUAUAACUGCUGUUAGAAAACGAGGCGUGCAACUUUUAGUAAAAGCUGAAAUGUUUCGAAUAGAUUUUAGGAGAUACGAUUUUAAGCCGAUUGAUUGUAAGAGAUUUAUAUAAAUAUAUAUGUUUAUUACUUGAUGAGAUUAAUAUAUACAUCUUUAGAGAAUACUGAUGUGUAAUGUGAUGCAGGAGCUAUAAAUGUAUUUUAGUUCUUUAUUUUCAUUUUGAAUUUUCUCUUUUGAAUGAAUUUUCUUCCAGACGCAUUAACUUUUACGAUUUUAAAAUCAUUAAUAAACAUUUUUUUUAAACGUAGCACACCUAGUGCCUGAAUACUGUGAGUCCACCUACAUAAAUCAGACAGAUCUUAAAAUGACUACCGUUCUUAUGUUUAAUAAACAAUUGUUUUUAUUAAUACUUUACUUAAAGCCAACAGAUUAAAUGCUUUCUAGUUUUAAACGGACUCAAAAUGCCUGUUAUUUAGUCAUUACUACGAGACGAUAAUAAGACGAUAGAAGUGGUCAAAACCUUAAUGCAUUACAGCUGCUUUAUAAUACAUUAUACCAGUUGGCUUUAAAAGGAACGUGUUUUGUGUUUGUAGCUUGCCGUCAAAGAGAAUGGUGUUUACUUUAAACAUGUACCAAGUUCUGUGUACAAUACUAGGAUACGUGCAUUCUGUAGUAUACCUCGGUGUUUACUUUAAACAUGUACCAAGUUCUGUGUACAAUACUAGGAUACGUGCAUUCUGUAGUAUUGUACACAGAACUUGGUACAUGUUUAAUAGUAUACCUCGGUGUUUACUUUAAAUAUGUACCAAGUUCUGUGUACAAUACUAGGAUACAUGCAUUCUGUAGCAUACCUCAUAUCGUAUUCUGGCAAGACAUUCUGUUUUCUCUUGUUGUUUUUGUUUUGUUCCAAUAGCAUUUUGUUCAGAUAUGUUGUGUGAAAAAGCCUGUAUGUGUUUGUUUUUUUGUAGAUGGAGGUUUCACUGAGAAUUAUUUAUUUUCUUUUUCAGCGAAAAUAAAACCAAUUGUUUACUGAA